CUGCCAAUGACGCUGGGGCCGCCCCGUCGCCCCGCCCCGUCGCCCCGCCCCGAGGCCCACACCAAGCGUGUCCGCGGCCUGUCCUCCUGGCGGAGGAGCCUGGACUGCGGAAGGAUGGAGCUGGCCGCGGGCAGCUUCUCGGAGGAGCAGUUCCGGGAGUCCUGCACCGAGCUCCAGCAGCCCGCUCUGGCCGGGGCCGACUGGCAGCUGCUGGUGGAGACCUCGGGCAUCAGCAUCUACCGGCUGCUGGACCAGCAGACUAGACUUUAUGAGUAUAAAGUCUUUGGUGUUCUGGAGGAUUGCUCACCAGCUUUACUGGCAGAUGUCUAUAUGGACUUAAACUACAGAAAACAGUGGGACCAGUACGUUAAAGAACUCUAUGAACAAGAAUGCAACGGAGAGACUGUAGUCUACUGGGAAGUGAAGUACCCUUUUCCCAUGUCCAACAGAGAUUAUGUCUACCUCCGACAGCGGCGAGAUCUGGAUGUGGAAGGGCGGAAGAUCCAUGUGAUCCUGGCCCAGAGCACCUCUGUGCCUCAGCUUGGCGAGAGGUCUGGGGUGAUCCGGGUGAAGCAAUACAAGCAGAGCCUGGCAAUUGAGAGUGACGGCAAGAAAGGGAGCAAAGUUUUCAUGUAUUACUUCGAUAACCCGGGUGGCCAAAUUCCGUCCUGGCUCAUUAACUGGGCUGCCAAGAAUGGAGUUCCUAACUUCUUGAAAGACAUGGCAAGAGCCUGUCAGAACUACCUCAAGAAAACCUAAGAAAGAGAAUUGGGAACGUUGCAUCCAUGGGAUGAUGUCUCCGGAGGGGCCAGCACCCACUGCUGCUCAGCCUUCCUCUCAUGUUUCCGUCUUCAGAGGCUUACACACUCUACUAUGUCCUUCCUAAGCAUGUUCGCCUGACAGGCAGCCCACUCGCCUGCGUCCCUUCUCACUGUCCGCAUCCUGGGGUGGGCUGCCUUCUUCUAUAAUUCAAUAUGGGGCAGAUUAGGGAAACCUUUGCUUGCUUACAGUUAGGAAGAGAAGUCUUCAGUAGGGAACACAAUCAUUCCAUUGUGCCAUUUUAUGGGGAUGGGUGGGCAGAGGGACACAAAAAAUAUAAGAAUGACUAUUUGGGAAGGUUGGCUCCUUUGCAGAAUGUGAUUUCUUCCAACUCCGGAGGGGCUGCUGGAAGUGGUGUUCCGUUCAGAGCUGACUUUCAGUGCACCCACACUGGAUGGCAUGUGCCCAUGGCCUUAUGCUUUGUGGAGCUGGUUAGGCUGGGAUUUGAGGUGAUAAUCCAGUAAGUCCUUCCUUGUUCCUACUUGUGGAGGAUCAGUAGCUGUUAUGAUGCCAGACCUUUUGGAGAAGUAUCACAGGCCUGACUGGACACAUAAUGUGACAACCACUUUUUCCUUAUCACCCAUGUCUUUUUUUUCCUCUCUCUCUCUCUUCCAUAUGUCACUGGGGAAAGGCUGCCUAUACCUCUCAAGCUUUGCAUUUUACUGGAAACUGAGGCAUCAAGGUGGCUGUGGCAGCUAGCAAAAGCAAAGAUGCUUUGUGCAUAGCCUUGUGAAAAAGUGUCUUCUAUGUAAUAAGAUGAAUUUUCCUUCUAGAAUAUUUAGAAAUGUAGAAAGGGUAACAGUUCACAGCCAGGUAACAUUUAAUCGGUGGCUUAAUGACUCUGCACCUUUUUCUCAGGAAUUCUGCCUAAGUCGUCUGCCUUUUCUACCACCAGAAAGACUUUUAGUUUUCUAUGUUUUCUCCUGAAUUUUGGUAGGAUAAGAAAUUUUAGAGUCAAAGGCACAGACUUGAUGUCCUCAGGGAAAAAUUUUAAUCACUGUGUGUCAUGACACUGAACCUUGAUUAAUAACAGAGAAAUUCAGGAUUUAAAGCCAUAGAAACGGAUUUAUUAACCUGGGAUACCUCAGACUGUUUUCUCUCUGGGAAGAAAAGCGUGAAUAAAUAAAUACAUAUAUAUAUGAAUAAAUACAGAGUGGUUGUUA